GAACCCUCCAUUCAGAAGAAAUGCUGUGGUGCUUCCCUUUACCCACACGAAAUGGAACCCAAGAGACUGCAGCUGAAGAAAAAAUUACCGCCUCCUUACAAAUGAGAGAGUUUCAAGUCUACAUAGUUUCCAACUGCAGGAAAAUAACCAUCAGCUUCUCCACAGUGUAGAUUAGAACAGGGGAAAAUGAACAUCACUAACUGUACCCCAGAAGCCAGUGUGGCUGUGAGACCCAAGACCAUCACUGAGAAGAUGCUCAUUUCCAUGACUCUGGUGAUCAUCACCGCCCUGACCAUGCUGCUAAACUCGGCCGUGAUCAUGGCCAUCUGCACCACCAAGAAGCUCCACCAGCCUGCCAACUACCUGAUCUGUUCUCUGGCUGUGACGGACCUCCUGGUGGCCGUGCUCGUCAUGCCCUUGAGCAUCACGUACAUCGUCACGGACAGCUGGAAGCUGGGGUACUUCAUCUGCGAGGUGUGGCUGAGUGUGGACAUGACCUGCUGCACCUGCUCCAUCCUUCAUCUCUGUGUGAUUGCCCUGGACAGGUACUGGGCCAUCACCAACGCUAUUGAGUACGCCAGGAAGAGGACGGCCAAGAGGGCCGGGCUGAUGAUCCUCACGGUCUGGACCAUCUCCGUCUUCAUCUCCAUGCCCCCUCUGUUCUGGAGGAGCCACCGCCAACUCAGCCUGCCCCCUGGUCAGUGCACCAUCCAGCACGACCACAUCAUCUACACCAUUUACUCCACACUUGGGGCAUUUUACAUCCCCUUGACUUUGAUACUGAUUCUCUAUUACCGGAUUUACCAUGCAGCCAAGAGCCUUUACCAGAAAAGAGGAUCAAGCCGGCACUUAAGCAACAGAAGCACGGAUAGCCAAAAUUCGUUCGCCAGUUGUAAACUGACACAGACUUUCUGUGUGUCUGACUUCUCCACCUCAGACCCUCCCACAGAGUUUGAAAAGAUCCACACCUCCAUCAGGAUCCCUCCCUUUGCCCAUGACCUAGAUAACCCGGGAGAACGCCAGCACAUCUCCAGUACCAGGGAGCGCAAGGCAGCACGCAUCCUCGGACUGAUUUUGGGUGCAUUCAUCAUGUCCUGGCUGCCAUUCUUCAUCAAAGAGCUGAUUGUGGGUCUGAGCAUCUACACCGUGUCCUCUGAAGUGGCCGAUUUUUUGACAUGGCUUGGUUAUGUUAAUUCUCUGAUCAACCCUCUGCUCUACACAAGUUUUAAUGAAGACUUUAAGCUGGCUUUUAAAAAGCUUAUUCGGUGCCGAGAACAUACUUAGAUUGUAAAAAGCUGGAAGGCAUGACUUUUACCAGCCUCGUGAGUGCACAGGGGUAAGGGGUGCAACUUAUUAAUUCUUGAACAUAGUUGGUUCAGGAGGUUUGUAAGUAUGUGUGGUCUUGGUUUUUGUUUGUUUGUUUUCUGUUUUGUUUGAGGCUUGUUAUUGGGUGUGCUGUUUUCUACCUCUGGUCUUAUUUGUGGUACCUAAUUGCAAAUAAACACUAUCAUACAAAAACAGAAAUUUCACAGCAGUAAUAGUAAGGUAAAAUAGUAAAUACUUUUCACUUUUUUAGCCACUUCAGUUAACCCUGCAAUUAAAGAAUACCAAAAUAAAUCUUCAUUUGGAGAAUUUCUUAUUACUUAUAAAUCAAAUAUCUGAUAACUUGCCCUGGUGUGUGGCGUUAGUUCUGAGCAUAUGGAUCCAAAUGCUUACCAAUUCCAGUGGAAACUGCGUGACCACAUAAAGCAUUAAAAGAAAAAAAAGUGGUGCGCUGUCAUCUACUGCUUGCAGACCUGAUCUAAAGCCACUUAUUAUGAUUACAUGGCCCACUCCUUUCCAACACAAAUAGUACAGCUGGCAUGUCUUCUUAGUUCAUGAUUAAAUACACAUCCUCAUUCUCUAAACAGAACUUGGAAUGAAUGUACUGGCACUUUCCUAGGUCUUUGACUAUGAAUGUGAAACAUAAGCAAAUAGUAUUAUAAAACAAUCAUGGAAAUUGGUCAUUUUGUUCCUAUUUAACCUGACAGACAUAUUGGGCCUCCUCCAGUUCUAAGAAGUGUCCCAGCUAAGCCUCGAGUACACUCUCCCAUUCUAGCAGGAUUAACGUGUGAGUACAAGUCAAAUGUGGAGAACUUUUAAAGCAGUAUUAAGCUGCUGAACCCAUUAAGGGGUGCAGGGACCAAAUGAGAGAAUCCAUUACCUGAAGAACUUUGUUGGAGACUGUUGCUCAUUAAGUUACCAGCUGUGCACUUGGAAAAAAAAUUAAAAAUUGAAAAUCUGUGUUUACAGCAAAGGCCACCCACUAGCAAAUGAGUAUGAAAUUGUGUCUCCUGGAAUCCCUAUAGCUUCCAUACUGGACUGCAGACUGGGGCCAGGAGGCUGCAGGUGGGACCCAAGGCCACACAGUGCGUGGCCAACUUGGACUGAUGGCUCUAGUCGUAUGGUGGAGCUCGUCACUAAGUCAAGAGUGAUGACAGAAGGGACUGAAAGGGUGGAAGUUCUUGGACACUCCGCAGUAAGUGACUGUUCUAGACCUCUGCUCCUCACCUCCCAUCCACAGCCUCUCCCACCUCUUCACUCCCCCCAGAUCACAUCUCUUGUUUGUUUGUCGAAAAGACAUUGCUUUGCCCCCUGCCCACUUCCACCUCCAUGUUUUACCCCUUAGUUCUAUCCCCUCUCAAAUUUUCUGUAAUCUUGCUACUUUCCUCUCUCUCUCUCUCUCCCUCCCUCCCACCAUCCCUUCCUCUCCCCACUUUUCUUUAAUCUCACCCAUCAGUUUGCUCAAGUCUCUUAGACAUUAGAACCAAUGUCCUCCGGCCCUACUUCCCCUUCUGGCCCCUGCUCCAUCUCUCCCCACACUCUCCCAUCUGAGUCUCCCCAGUCAUCAACCUGCUCGUUCUACCUCCACUUCUCCCCUUCCACUAACUUUUCUCUCCUUUGCCAUCUGGGUAUGCCCCACCCAGUUCCCCCAAAACUGAUCUCCCAAAGGGUAUCGGCGACUUGCCAAUGGGCAAAUCCAGUGUCCUUUCCUCUGUCCUUAUCUACUUCCCACUCUCAUCAGUUAAAACAGCUAACCAUCCCUUUCUUGUUUAAGCCCAUGCCUUCCAGGAUCCCUUUACUAACCUGGUUCUCCAGCUACCUUCUCAUUCUUUGCCUCCUUUUCUUCAUCCUAGGGGUUUAUCCUCAGCUCUCACCUCCCGUAUAUUCAUACUCCACCCCAACCUCCAUCAUUUCCACAAAUAGUUCCAUGCCUGAGGCUCUAAAAUGUGUGUCUUUAAUUCUGAUCUCUCUCUUUCUCAAACCCUAGACCCAUGAAUUAUGUCUGGUGAACAUCUCCCUACUAACACUCUGUUGGUGCCUCAAACACAGCCUUUCUAAACUGAACUCAUGAUCAUUUCCCACACUCAUACCUUCUCCUUUUCCACCUUCUCAAUCUCAGAUAACAGGAUUACCAUGCUUUUUAUCAUUUACAUUAGGUCAAUGAGAUUCUCUCUCUUUGUAGCUUGUCUCUCACAUCCAGAUAGUAUAAAAGUCUUAUCCAUUUACCUCUGUAGCAAUGUUUGUAUAUUCACCCCUCUUCUCCAAUAACUUGGUCCUCUCCCCUGGACCAAUCUUCUUAUCUGAUCCACCUACCUCUGGACCCCUCACCUGCAACUGUGCCCCUGCAGACCUGCUACUCUGCCCCUGCACACCUGCCAGAUACAUUUUCCUAGAACAGUGGUUCUCAAAGCAACAUCUCCAGACCAGCAGUGUCAGUAUCACCUGGGAACUUGAUAGAAAUGCAAAGUCUAGGGCU